UAUAUGAAUAUAAUUCAGGCCCAGACUGAGCAUGAAUUUAUUUUUAACCUUAUCUUUAUGUUUAUAUUUCUCAGGUUUGUUUAAUUGAUGUGGGUGGACGUUACAGUAAGCUUAUAGGCAUGCCCCCUUAUCUUCAUAGUUUGUUGUUGGGUUGGGUGACAAAGUUUCACCAACUGAUAUCGAAGAAGGCAUGCGUGUUAGUGCAUAUCUGAUGUUGUUAUUAUGUAUUGACCCCAAGCCGAUCCCAGUCAGUUUUGGUAGAUUGUAGUUUAUCAGCAGCUUCUUCUGUUGUGUCUUCUCUACUUGAGUCUGUCAGAAGCUAAAUGGGAAUGGGGAUAGUUGAAACAAAAAGUAGGGUAUAUCCCAAACGGGUCAAAAAUAUGAAACUACGAGGCAGAGCGGCUGGGAUCAUAGUCACCUGGAUCGAGGUACACUCUAGUACACAGAACGAAAACGGAUUUGCUGCUGCAUUGAGAGAUCUGAAAGUCAGGGUGAUGAAUGUGGUGCCACUUGAUUCCCCAGAUACACUUCCAAUUAUAUACGAACGUGGACUAUUUGGGAUAUAUCAUGACUGGUGUGAAUCAUUCAACACUUACCCAAGAACGUACGAUCUUCUACAUGCUGAUCAUCUUCUCUCGGGUCUUAAGAAAAGUACUUUGCAAGGUGGGUUUGAGUUACCGACACGUCUUUCGGUGGCUGCAGCAGAUUGUAUUAUAGCUCUUAGUGUCGCAUUGGCGAAAAAGGGAAUGGUUUCUAAUCCUUCAUGAUGUAAUGUAUCUCAAUGAUCUUGGUUUACAACUUUAUAGUAUGAUAUUGGUUUAAAAAAACGCGCCCUAGGCGUUUGCAACAAGGCUCAAGCCCUUGCGCUUUUGGUAGCAAGUUGUUGUACAACAUGCUUUUUAGGUUGUACAUGUAUGUAAUUUCCAUAUUAAAACAUAUAUAAAGUUUACUUUUUUCUCAAUAUUGGAUAACUGAUGCUAGAAUCGUGUAGAAAAUAUACAAAAAAUUGUAUAAUUAUUUGCACCUCGGGUAUGAAAAUCAGUGUGCUUUUUUGUCUGGCGCCUAAGUUUUAGACCUUA